AUGGUGAAUUAUAUACUGAUUUUGUUCCAAAGUAUUUCUAGGUUUUGAUCUUUCGAUUUUGUUCAUCCAUUGAAGAAUUUCAGCUUUUUUCAAGUGUUUGAUAUAUAUAUAUAUAUACGUGAAAUUUAGCUUAUUGUAGUGAAACCAUGGACGGGGAAUCAAAGGUUCAGGGGGAUCCUAUCUCCGCACGAACGCCGGCGACGGAGGAAGUCCGGCCGUCGUAUUGGCUGGACGCCUGCGAGGACAUAUCGUGCGACCUAAUCGGCGAAUUGGUGGAUUUUGGCGACGCUUCGGUUUUGCCGGAUUCCUUGGGUGGCGACCGCCAUGGGAGCAAUUGCAACCAGGAAGAGGACGGCCUCGUCGGCGAUUUCUUCGGCGGAAUCGAUCACAUUCUUGACAGCUUCAAGAACGGUGACGGCCUCCCUCCGCUCCCCCCGGAGUUCAACGGCAACGGUUGCAGCCUCGGAGGAAGCUUCUACGUGAACGGAGCGUCGGAGGAGAUGAUGCGGGUCGAUUCUUCGAGUUCCCAGUCCAACGGAACCUUCCAGAACAGUCUUCAAAACGGCGACGUUCGACACGCGAGCAAGCCCGCUAAUGGCAGCGGGGAGCGGAGUCCCGCCCCUUGCCGCGAGAACGGCGAAAAUGGAGUUCGGAAGCUUGAGAAUGGUGAUGACAGGAGCAGCAAGACGGCUCGAUUCGGCAAUGGGAAGAGUGAGAGGCAUGGGUCGGGCAGGGGACAGUAUCACGGCCGGGAGAGGUGUGCUGGCCGGAAGAGAGCGCGGGAUUGGGACGAGAUUGAACGGAGAGAUAGAGAUUAUGUUAGGAGGAAAGAACAUUACAGUAGCAAUAGGAGGGACGGCAGAGAAAGGGACUUGAGAGAUAGGGGGCCAAAGGGCUACUGGGAGAGGGAUAAAUCGGGUUCCAAUGAGAUGGUUUUUCGCAUUGGUGCCUACGAAGCUGACCGCAACAGAGAGGCGAAGCCGGGCAAUGACAGAAAUGAGGAAUGUAAUGGGAAAGAAGAGAAUAAAUCUGAAGAGAUUAAAGAGAAACUACCCGAGGAACAAGCGCGACAAUACCAAUUGGAUGUUCUUGAAGAGGCUAAGAAGAAAAACACUAUAGCUUUCCUCGAGACGGGGGCGGGGAAGACGUUGAUAGCUGUUCUCCUAAUCAAAAGCCUUAGCAAUGAUUUGCAAAUGCAGAACAGGAAAAUGCUCGCUGUGUUUCUAGUUCCUAAAGUUCCGCUUGUUUAUCAGCAAGCUGAAGCUAUUCGUGAGAGAACCGGUUACCAAGUUGGUCAUUACUGCGGUGAAAUGGGUCAGGAUUUCUGGGAUGCUCGAAGAUGGCAGCGAGAGUUUGAAACAAAACAGGUUCUAGUAAUGACUGCUCAAAUUCUCUUGAACAUCCUGAGACACAGCAUAAUAAAAAUGGAAGCAAUCAAUCUUUUGAUUCUGGACGAGUGCCAUCAUGCCGUGAAGAAACAUCCAUAUUCUUUGGUGAUGUCCGAGUUCUAUCAUACAACACCCAAGGAGAAGAGACCAUCUGUGUUUGGGAUGACUGCUUCCCCUGUAAAUUUAAAAGGUGUCUCCAGCCAGGUAGAUUGUGCAAUCAAGAUACGUAAUCUUGAAAGUAAAUUAGAUUCCACAGUUUGUACCAUUAAAGAUCGUAGAGAGCUAGAAAAAUAUGUCCCGAUGCCCUCUGAAACGGUGGUGGAGUACGACAAAGCAGCCACUUUGUGGUCCCUUCAUGAGCAGAUAAAACAAAUAGAAGUAGAAGUUGAAGAAGCUGCAAAAUCAAGCUCCAGAAGAAGUAAAUGGCAAUUUAUGGGAGCCAGAGAUGCUGGAGCCAAGGAAGAACUGCGCCAAGUUUAUGGUGUUUCAGAAAGAACAGAAAGUGAUGGGGCUGUAAAUUUAGUUCAAAAGUUGAGGGCUGUAAAUUAUGCACUUGGUGAACUGGGUCAGUGGUGUGCUUACAAGGUUGCACAAUCUUUCCUGGCAGCUUUACAAAAUGACGAGAGGGCUAACUACCAGCUUGAUGUUAAGUUUCAAGAGUCCUACCUGAGCAAGGUUGUCUCUCUUUUACAAUGCCAUUUGUCAGAGGGAGCUGUCUCUGACAAGGAGAAAGUCUCGGAUUCAGAGAGUGAAGUCCCUUAUGAUGGCACUGAUUCUAACGAGAUUGAGGAGGGCGAGCUUCCUGACAGUCAUGUCGUCUCGGGUGGUGAGCAUGUGGAUGUGAUUAUAGGAGCUGCUGUAGCUGAUGGAAAAGUGACACCAAAAGUGCAGUCUCUAGUUAAGAUACUUCUUACGUAUCAGCACACAGAAGAUUUUCGUGCAAUCAUCUUUGUGGAGCGUGUUGUGUCUGCUUUGGUUCUUCCAAAGGUUUUUGCAGAACUUCCAUCUCUAAGCUUCAUUAGGUGUGCUAGCUUGAUUGGUCAUAACAAUAGUCAGGAAAUGCGAACUUGCCAAAUGCAGGACACAAUAGCCAAAUUCCGGGACGGUCGUGUCACAUUGUUAGUUGCUACUAGUGUUGCUGAGGAAGGUCUUGAUAUUCGGCAAUGUAAUGUAGUGAUUCGCUUUGAUCUUGCAAAAACUGUACUGGCUUAUAUUCAGUCUAGGGGCCGUGCUAGAAAGCCGGGAUCCGACUAUAUCUUGAUGGUUGAGAGGGGGAAUCUAUCACAUGAAGCAUUCUUAAGGAAUGCCAGGAAUAGUGAGGAAACCUUACGGAAAGAAGCAAUUGAGAGAACUGACCUGAGUCAUUUAAAGGAUACUUCGAGGCUAAUUUCAAUUGAUACAACACCUGGUACAAUGUACCAGGUGGAGUCAACUGGUGCUGUUGUGAGUUUAAAUUCUGCUGUUGGACUCGUCCAUUUUUACUGCUCUCAGCUGCCCAGUGACAGGUAUUCAAUACUUCGUCCCGAGUUUGUUAUGGUAAGGCAUGAGAAGCCUGGAGGUCCCACUGAAUAUUCAUGCAAGCUUCAACUUCCUUGUAAUGCCCCAUUUGAGACACUUGAGGGUCCUGUAUGCAGUUCAAUGCGCCUUGCACAACAGGCUGUUUGUUUGGCUGCUUGCAAGAAGCUGCAUGAGAUGGGAGCAUUUACUGACAUGCUUUUGCCAGACAAGGGAAGUGGAGAAGAAAGAGAGAAGAUUGACCAGAAUCAUGAAGAAGAUCCACUUUCUGGGACUGCUAGGCAUAGAGAGUUUUAUCCUGAAGGAGUAGCUGAUGUUCUUAAGGGAGAAUGGAUCUUAUCUGGAAGGGAUGUUUGCAACAACUCCAAAGUGCGUUUAUUUAUGUAUGAUGUGAAAUGUGUAAACAUAGGCUCUUCGAAAGAUCCGUUCUUGACUCAGGUUUCAGAUUUUGCAGUGCUUUUUGGCAAUGAGCUGGAUGCAGAGGUGUUAUCGAUGUCGAUGGAUCUAUUUAUCGCUCGAACCAUGACUACAAAGGCAUCGCUUGUCUUCAGGGGUUCGAUAGAUAUCACACAAAGUCAGUUGGCAUCCCUUAAGAGUUUUCAUGUAAGAAUGAUGAGCAUUGUGCUUGAUGUGGAUGUUGAACCUUCCACCACUCCCUGGGAUCCUGCAAAGGCAUAUUUGUUUGUCCCUGUGGUUAGCGAUAAGUCUGUAGAUCCUUUUGAAGAAAUUGAUUGGGAUCUGGUUGAGAAAAUAAUUGGUAUAGAUGCUUGGUGCAAUCCCCUUCAAAGAGCUCGACCAGAUGUUUACCUUGGCACAAAUGAGCGUACAUUAGGUGGAGAUAGAAGGGAGUAUGGGUUUGGGAAACUGCGUCAUGGCAUGGCUUUUGGGCAGAAGUCCCAUCCCACAUAUGGUAUUAGAGGAGCUGUUGCUCAAUUUGAUGUUGUGAAAGCGUUUGGAUUGGUUCCUAGUUGGGGUGCACUUGAAGUGCAGAAGCAUGUAGAUUUUCCCCAAGGCAAACUUAUAAUGGCUGAUACUUCUACCAGUGCAGAAGAGUUGGUUGGGAGAAUUGUAACAGCUGCUCACUCUGGGAAGAGGUUCUAUGUGGAUUCAAUAAGCUAUGGUAUGACUGCAGAGAACUCUUUCCCUAGGAAAGAAGGCUAUCUUGGCCCACUGGAGUACAGCUCAUAUGCUGAUUAUUACAAACAAAAGUAUGGAGUUGAGUUGACGUAUAAGCAACAACCUCUUAUAAGAGGACGAGGAGUCUCCUAUUGUAAGAACCUUCUUUGUCCUCGAUUUGAACAUGGAGAAGGUGGCUCUGACGAGAGUGUAGACAAAACAUACUUUGUUUUUCUCCCUCCUGAACUGUGUUUAGUGCACCCACUGCCUGGUUCACUGGUUCGUGGAGCUCAGAGAUUACCCUCGAUAAUGAGGAGAGUUGAAAGCAUGCUUCUUGCUAUUCAGCUUAAGCAUAUUAUAAACCAUCCCGUUCCUGCUUCAAAGAUCUUGGAAGCCUUGACAGCUUCUUCAUGCCAAGAGACAUUUUGUUAUGAAAGGGCGGAGCUUCUUGGUGAUGCUUACUUGAAAUGGGUUGUUAGUAGAUUUCUUUUUCUCAAAUAUCCCCAAAAACAUGAGGGUCAGCUUACUAGGAUGAGGCAACAAAAGGUGAGUAACAUGGUUUUAUAUCAGUAUGCUCUCGGAAAGGGACUUCAAUCCUAUAUCCAAGCAGAUAGCUUCGCCCCAUCCCGAUGGGCUGCACCUGGUGUGUUGCCCGUAUUUGAUGAGGAUACCAAAGAUGGAGAUUCAUCUUUAUUUGAUCAGGGGAGAUCAGUUACUGAGAAUCUACGGGAAAACGAUCAACCUUGUGAUGGAUAUGAAGAUGAUGAAAUGGAAGAUGGUGAGCUUGAGAGCGAUUCUAGUUCUUACAGAGUUCUGUCUAGCAAGACUCUUGCAGACGUUGUAGAAGCACUUAUUGGAGUCUAUUAUGUAGAAGGUGGGAAGAAAGCUGCUAACCAUCUAAUGAAAUGGAUUGGGAUUGAGGUAGAGUUCGAUCCUGAUGAGAUAGAGUGCACAAGAAGACCAUCCAACGUUCCAGAUAGUGUACUUAGGAGUGUCGACUUUGGUGCCUUAGAGGGGGCUUUGAACAUUAGAUUUGAAGACCGGGUUCUAUUGGUAGAAGCCAUUACUCAUGCUUCCCGGCCAUCUUCUGGAGUAUCCUGCUAUCAGCGCUUGGAAUUUGUUGGUGACGCAGUCUUAGAUCAUCUCAUCACCAAGCAUUUGUUCUUCUCAUACACGAAUCUGCCCCCAGGCCGAUUGACUGACCUGCGAGCUGCUGCUGUAAAUAAUGAAAACUUUGCUCGCGUAGCCGUAAGACAUAAUCUUCACGUGCACCUUCGCCACGGUUCAAGUGCCCUUGAAAAGCAGAUUCGGGAUUUCGUCAAGGAAGUUCAAUCUGAAUUGUCGAAGCCAGGUUUCAACUCCUUUGGCUUGGGAGAUUGCAAAGCUCCAAAAGUUCUUGGUGAUAUUGUUGAGUCUAUCGCUGGUGCUAUUUUCCUUGAUAGUGGACGUGAUAGUGCAGUUGUAUGGAAGGUGUUUGAACCUUUAUUACAACCAAUGGUUACUCCAGAGACGCUUCCAAUGCACCCUGUGCGUGAGUUACAAGAAAGAUGCCAGCAACAAGCAGAAGGUUUGGAAUACAAAGCCUCCCGAAAUGGCAAUGUAGCUACUGUCGAAGUCUUCAUUGACGGUGUCCAAAUGGGCAUCGCUCAGAAUCCACAAAAGAAGAUGGCACAGAAACUAGCAGCCAGGAAUGCACUUGCCGCUUUAAAAGAGAAGGAAACAGCCGAAGCAAAGGAAAAAGACGAUGAGAAUGGGAAGAAGAAGAAUGGUCCCCAAACAUUUACGCGGCAAACAUUAAAUGAUAUAUGCUUGCGUAGAAAUUGGCCCAUGCCAUUCUACCGGUGUGUGAAUGAGGGUGGCCCGGCACAUGCGAAAAGGUUUACUUUUGCCGUGCGAGUGAAUACAACGGACAGGGGAUGGACUGAUGAAUGUGUGGGAGAACCCAUGCCAAGCGUCAAGAAGGCCAAGGACUCUGCCGCAGUGCUUCUCUUGGACCUUUUGAAUAAGUUGUACUCGUGAUGAAACGAGUUCUGGUGUUCACAUCCAUACUUUUUACACUUGGAUGUCUCACCAUUGCUAUUUUGACGAUAGAAUUAAACCAAAAUGGCCAUCCUUAAAACGGAAAAAUAAUAAAAAGCUCCUAUAAGUUAGAAUAACAAGACACGUGAUCUAUUGUAUUGCAAUAUAUUGUAUCAAAGUUCCUGUUUGAACAAGUGCAACUUGUUUAACUCUUAAAUUCUAACCGUUACUAUGUUUAUACGACGGUCUCCAUUGAACCCCAUAACGAUAUUAUUUGUAUCCUGACUUUUCCCCCUUAUCUGCAAUACCCAGUUCUCCUAU